GCGAGCACGAGCCCCUGGAGGACGUGUCAGACGAGUCCGAGUGGGACGUGGCCGAGGAGCCCCGCCAGGAUGGCGGCGAGGGCUCGAGCUGGUCGAAGAUCGAGGAGGCGUACUGGACCGAAGAUAUCACGGACGUGGACUUCAAGAUGGUGGACGGGUGGGCAAAACGGACAUGCGAUGACAACUGGGCGGACGAGGUCGUCUCGUCAACAGCUGGGGUCGCAGUUUUCGUCUGGUCUGACGGGGACAGGUGGCUCGCCGAGGGGGUCUCGUACGACGAGGUGAAGAACCCAGCCGGUGCGGCUGAUGCGGCUGCCGUCCAGCACGUAGCGACUCCGGCGAGGGCGGGGAAGGGCAGCGGCAAGGGCAAGGGCAAGGGCAGGGGCAAGUCUGGCAAGGGCAAGUCCAGCAGGGGCUCCAAGGGCAAGGCCGACAACGGCCCCCCGAGCACUGGCAAGGCAGACAACGGCAAGGGCGAGGACAAGUCCGACAACGGCAAGGGCAAGGCCGACAACGGCAAGGGCAAGAAGAACGCUGCCGACAAGGGCCCCCCGAGCGCUGGCAAGGCAGACAACGGCAAGGGCGAGGACAAGUCCGACAACGGCAAGGGCAAGGCCGACAACGGCAAGGGCAAGAAGAACGCUGCCGACGACUGUGGCGAGACGGCGUCCGAGAGCGUGGACCUGACUGCAGGCGUGGACAAGUCCGACUACGUGUCUGAGGCCCGCUGGUGCAGACUGAGCGGCAAGAGGGCGUCUGCUGGUUCGAGCAUGGACCACCUGCAGGUCGCAGGCAAGAAGCUCAAGGUGUCCGACGAUGGCGACAAGGAUGCGGGCGUCGCCGUGGAGGACGAGAACAGCAUCGAGACGUGCAGGCAGGUCUGUGAGAGGAGCGGCUCGUGGAAGGUGCUGAUCAGCCCUAGGCCGAAGAUCGACGGGUGGGAGUGCGCAAUCCGCCACGGCACGAGGCAAGUGUGGACGAAAUUCUCAAACGCCAGAGCCCCCGUCUCAGACACCCUGAUCGGGACGGUGCAGCACGCCAACAAGCUCAUGCAGAAGAUGAUCAAAGCUCAUGAUGUGCCCAAAGAUGCAGAUGAGGGCGCCAGUUCGGACGAUCCUCCCGAGGGGAAGGACAAGAAGUCCAAGGGCGGCAAAUCUGGCGGCAAGGGGAAAAAGAAGUCCAAGGGCGGCAAGUCUGGCGGCAAGGGCAAGAAGGCAAAAGGUGGCAAGGCCGAGGGCGAGAAGGAGAACAAGAAGGAGAGCGAUGACGACGAUGCCCCCGGGAACGACAAGGAAAUUGAGAAGGACGAGGGCCCAGAGAGCGUCAAUGAGAAUGAUAAGAAGGACGAGCUCUCGAGCUGGAGGACUUCGACGCAGCUGGAGGACUUCGACACGCAGCUGGAGGACUUCGACGAGGAGGCGGCUGCGGCUGCGGCGGCGCCUGUGGAGGCGGCUGCGGCGGCGCCUGUGGCUGCGGCGCCGGACGAGCCUGCGGCGCCGGACGAGCCUGCGGCAGCGGGCGAGUGA